GUCGCAGUGCAUUCGGCCCUACCCUUUAACCGUCCGCGGUCCCCAAGCAGCCGCGCAGAGGGGGCGGGUCCGUCAGCGCGCUGGGUGGGAAAGGCGCGCGAGGGCGAGGUGGCGCCCAGGUAUGUUCUUCCACAAGGGCCGACCUACCAGCAAGGCAGCGUCCGAGCCGUCGGAGGAGGAGGUGGAGGUGGAGGCCGGCCAGAAGAUGCCGCUAACGCCGCCCCAGCCAGGCGACCCCAGGGAGUCCAGCCAGUCCAGGACUCCUAAGAAGUACGCCACGUUCCACAUCUGGCGCUCUAAAAAGAAGCAACAGCCUCCUUCGCCUUUGGACUGUGGGGUGUUCGUCCCGCACCCGGCCCCCGCUCCUGUCGGGGAAGACAGAACUUUGGAAUUACUGGCCAGAAGCCAUGCGGCUCCUGAGUCCCAGGAAAUGACUCUGCCCUGUGGGGAACCCCAGUCGCCUCACACCACCAGCGAGAUGCCCAGCCCUUUACCCACGGAGUCUGGAACAUUUAAAAAGUCCAGAGCGCAACCGCCAGAAGAGAACAGAAGGAAGCCCGUACUGGGAAAACUUGGCACGCUGUUCACGGCAGGGAGGAAAAGAAGCACCAGCUCAGACGCCAAAUCGGUUUCUCCCAAGGAUGGAACAACUUCGAAGCUGCCCGAACGAGAGGGUGGGAAGAGUCCCUGUCAGGGCAGCCAACCAAAACCGACUGCAGACGCCAGCCCGGAGGGCUGCGCGCUGGAGGCGGCGGGCGAGCGCUCGGAGUGCUGCGGUGCGGCGGCUGCCGCGGGGCGCCCGGGCCACGAAAGUGAAUCACCCCAAUUAGAACCUCCGCAGGCAAGGGGAGAGACUUUCCCAGAUGCCACCGCUGCUGCCAAGCAGCCGCAUUCCUCACCAGGGAAUUCCUCCGGGCUAGAGAGCUCAGAGACGCCCGCCCACAGUCCGGGGGAGCACGCGGCGCCCGGCGCUGGCGGCGGACCUGAGCUCGCCCCGGGUGCGCGAGGUGUCCCGGGUGCGCGAGGUGUCCAGGGGUCGCCCACCCGCGAGCGGCCCGCGGGAGGCCUAGGCGAGGUCCUGCACGGAGCCCCCGGCGCGUAUGCCGAGGGUGUCUCUCCCGGGUUCCCAGCAGCGAGCAGCCAGUCCCGCGGGGACGCAUCUGCUCCGCCAGGUGACCCUAUCGCAGAGGGCGCUGGGAACAGGGGCGGCCCCGGGCAGGAGGGCAGCGCAGCGCGGCCGGGAGAGCGCGCCCACCCCGCCAAGGUGCUGACUUUGGACAUCUACUUGAGCAAGACUGAGGUGGCGCAGGUGGACGAGCAGGACGUCCUAGCGCCCGAGGCAGAGGACGGCAGCGACUGCGACGACAUGGAGAAGAGAUCGGGCGGCCGCAGAUCGGGCCGGCGGAGGAGGUCGCAGAAACCUACCGACUCCCCGGGCGCCGACGUAGCGAUGCCAGAGAGCGCGGGCCGGGACGACGCGGUGUUCGACGACGAGGUGGCGCCAAACGCGGCCGCCGAGAGCCAAUCUGCGGAAAAGAAAGUGAAAUCUCCGCGGGCUGCCCCCGACGGGGGCGUUGCCUCGGCAGGGAGCCCGGAGUCCAAAGCCAGCCCCAGUCCCAAAGGGCAGCUCCGAGGGGAGCCGGACCGGAGCAAACAGCCGCUCCCUGCCUCGUCUCCCACCAAGAGGAAGGGCAGGAGCCGCGCCCCCGAGUCCGUGCCCACCGCGCCGGGCAGUGUUCUGCGCGCCGCCGCCAAGGAGUCGGUACCCAAGAAGUCGCCCACGUUGGACCCUAGCCCCGCCGCCAAGGGCGCGGCGGCCGAGAACGCGGAGGAGGCGGCCCGGGUCAUCCCCCGCGAGCUCACGGUCAAGAGCAGCUCGCUGCUGCCGGAGAUCAAGCCGGAGCACAAACGAGGUCCGCUUCCCAAUCACUUGGACGUCCGGAGCAGGGAGUCGACCGGCAGGCAGGCCGGAGCUGCGGACGCCGACGGCUUGAAGGCCCGGAGCCACCUCGGUGCGGGCAGGUCGACGGUGACAACCAAAGUGACCCUCCCUGCCAGACCCAAACAUGUGGAACUAAAUCUUAAAACCCCCAAGAACUCUGAUGGUUUGGGAAAUGAGCAUAAUCCGUUUAGCCAUCCAGUUCAUAAAGGAAACACUGCCACCAAAAUCUCCCUAUUUGAAAACAAACGGGCCAGCAAUAGUAGCCCGAGACACACUGAGGCUCGAGCCCCGCGGAACAUUCCUGCUUCAAGUAAGACAUUCGUCGGGAGAGCGAAGCUGAACUUAGCCAAAAAGGCCAAGGAGAUGGAGCACCCGGAAAAGAAAGGGGCACCCACCAGUUCCCAGAAUGGAGUGCCUGAGAAGGAAAUGCCAACAGAACCCCUGGUCUCUGUCCCUGGAGAGGAGAAGGUGCCAGGGGAGCCUCGCCUUGGUGGCAAGACAGUUAGCCACCCCUCGGGACCACCAGCUCCUUCUUCUGCCAAGGAUCAGGGGCCCCCAAGUGAGGAAGCUCCGCAGGCUGCUGACAGCCGGAAAGCCGAGUUGGACAGGACAUCUGGUGCAGCCCAAGGCAGGCCUGCCAUUACUGACACCAAGGAUUUGCCUGCAACCACCAUACCAGGGCCACAGGAUGAAGCUUCUGCCUUGCAGCCACCAGCCGAGUCAUCUCAUGACCCUUCUCUCCCCAGGCCAGGGGACACCCCUAGCGACACCUGUUCUCAAGUCCCCCUGACCAACUCGCUGCACACUGAGCUGGAAGUGACAGAAAGUCGGGAUGGAGGAACUGUGCCUGUGUCUCAUCAUAAUGGUGACAAAGUGCCACCCCCUGAACUUGGAGGUGGAGAAGCAAACCCUCCUCUGUCCCCAGAGCCAGAGGGAAAGGGGGGACCAUCCAGAGUCCUGGUGCGGUCUUUUGUGCUACCUGUGGACAGCGCACGAGACGUCAGCUCCCACCUCCUGUCGGGAAGCUCGGAGGUCCGAGAAGUACAGUUGCCAAGCUGUCACAAUAAUGAACUUGAAGUGGUUUCCGUCACAAGCUGCAACCCGCAGCAAGAGGAAAUACCAGACAAUGAAAGCCCAUCACCCACACAGACUCCCUGCAGAGGAGAACAUGUGGCAGAAUCAGACCCACAAGUCUCACUGCCCAACUCAGAGACGGCCGUACCUGCUGUCCAGGCCCAAAGUCAGGGCGAAAGGACCCCUGUGAGGGUGGAAGCCAGCCCUGCCCCAAGGACUGGUGGUGAGGCCAUGAAUGGUCAGGAUUCCCCUGCCAGGCUUCUGAAUGUUUCUGCUGAUAGUGAUGACAGCGUGUUUGACUCUUCCUCUGAUAUGGAGAAAUUCACCGAGAUCAUCAAGAACUUGGACAGCACGGUUUGUCUGCCCCAGAAGAAGAAGAAGGGUAGGCCACCGCACUCGCCAGCCCCUCGCUUUGCCAUGCCGCCCAUCCACGAGGACAACUUGGAGAAGGUCUUCGACCCUAGCGUGUUUACCUUUGGCCUGGGGAAGAAGAAGGAGAGCCAGACUGAAAUGUCCCCUGCUCUGCACCUGAUGCAGAACCUGGAUGCCAAAUCCAAGCUGAGACCCAAGCGCGCAUCCACUGAACAGAGCGUCCUCUUCAAGUCCUUGCAUGCCACUGCCAAUGGCACACGGGAGUCUGGGGCUGGGUCGGAUGUCACUGACAGAGAGGCCAAGGAAGUCCCCAACGGGGGUGGGAUCAAGAGAUCGCGACUUGAAAAGAGCGCCCUUUUCUCCAGCAUCCUGUCAUCACUGCCACAAGACAAGGUCUUUUCUCCCUCCGUGACGUCAGUCAACAGCAUGACCACAACAUUCAGCACAACCCAGAACGGUCCUUCGUCUCAGUCUGCAGGGCCUCAGCCUGCCACAGAAGGGGCCCCGCCCCGUGGCUCACUCCAAGAGCCGCCACCGCCCAGCACCUCUCUGCAAGUCUUCAACUUCAACUCGAUUCCGUCUCAGGCAGGGUUGAAAAGCUCAAAAGCCCCGGAGAAGCACUUGCCGAAAGAGGAAACCAAAGAUCUGACUUCACGGGGCACCUUGCACUUGCCGGAAGCCAGACUGUCUGAACUCUCAAAGCUGAAGAACCAUGAGGACACGGAGAGGACCAACCAUCCUGAGAGUGUUCUGAAACCCAACGUGGCCAGCUACAGCAGCGGCGGGGACACCGACUUCAUGGAGCUUUUCAAAUCUGGCCGGUACGACCCCAGCACAGCCUUAUCUGGAAUGUCACUGUCAGACUCAAUGGCGCUGAGAGGAGGUGUCCAAAAUAAACUCAAUCCCCGCCCGGGCAAGGUGGUGAUCUACAGUGAGCCUGACGUCUCGGACAAAUGCCUGGAGGUGUUCAGCGAUGUCCUGGACUGCAGCUCUUGGAGCCUGUCCCCAGUGAUCCUCAUCAAAGUUGUCCGAGGAUGCUGGAUUUUGUAUGAGAAACCAAAUUUUGAAGGCAACUCCAUUCCCUUAGAAGAAGGGGAGUUGGAACUCUCUGGUCUCUGGGGUGUAGAAGAUAUUUUGGAAAGAAAUGAGGAAGAAGAGUCUGCCAGUAAGCCUGUGGUGAUUGGCUCCAUCAGACAUGUGGUCCAGGAUUACAGAAUUAGUCAAAUCGACUUGUUCACUGAACCAGAAGGAUUAGGAAUCCUGAGUUCCUACUUUGACGAUACUGAAGAAAUGCAGGGAUUUGGUGUCAUGCACAAGACAUGUUCCAUUAAAGUACACUGGGGCACGUGGCUGAUCUACGAAGAACCUGGAUUUCAAGGUGUUCCUUUCGUCCUGGAGCCCGGCGAAUACCCUGACUUAUCCUUCUGGGAUACAGAAGAAGCCUACAUUGGAUCCAUGCGGCCACUGAAAAUGGGUGGCCGUAAAGUUGAAUUCCCUACAGAUCCAAAGGUCAUUAUUUAUGAGAAGCCUUUCUUUGAAGGGAAGUGUGUGGAGCUAGAGACGGAAAUGUGUAGUAUUUUGACGGAAGAAGGGGAGACGGGAGAGACGACGGGAGACGACUGUUUGCCGCUUGCGUCGGUGGGGUCCAUGAAAGUCCUGAGAGGCAUUUGGGUGGCAUAUGAGAAACCUGGAUUCACUGGUCACCAGUAUUUGCUGGAAGAAGGAGAGUACAAGGACUGGAAUGACUGGGGAGGCUACGAUGGAGAGCUCCAGUCUCUACGGCCUAUAGUAGGCGACUUUUCAAAUGCUCAUAUGAUAAUGUACAGUGAAAAAAACUUUGGCUCCAAAGGUUCCAGUAUUGAUGUGUUGGGAAUUGUUGCUAAUUUAAAGGAGACCGGAUAUGGAGUGAAGACCCAGUCCAUCAAUGUCCUGAGUGGUGUGUGGGUGGCCUAUGAAAAUCUGGACUUCACAGGAGAGCAGUAUGUACUGGAUAAAGGCUUUUAUACUACGUUUGAGGACUGGGGAGGCAGAAAUUGUAAGAUCUCUUCUGUUCAACCCAUAAGUCUGGAUUCGUUUAAUGGCCCAAGGAGACGAAAUCAGAUUCACUUGUUUUCAGAACCGCAGUUUCAAGGUCACAGUCAAACUUUUGAAGAAACGACGAGGCAAAUUGAAGACUCAUUUUCCACCAAGUCGUGCAGAGUUUUAGGAGGCAGCUGGGUGGCGUAUGAUGGAGAGAACUUCUCAGGCAAUCAGUAUGUGCUAGAAGAAGGCCACUAUCCAUGUCUCUCUGCCAUGGGAUGCCUCCCCGGAGCCACAUUCAAGUCUCUGCGCUUUAUAGAUGUUGAGUUUUCGGAACCAACAAUUAUUCUCUUUGAAAGAGAAAACUUCAAAGGGAAGAAGAUCGAACUUAAUGCGGAAACGGUUAAUCUCCGAUCCCUGGGCUUCAGCACACAGAUACGCUCCGUUCAGGUCAUUGGUGGCAUAUGGGUCACUUAUGAAUUUGGUAAUUACAGAGGUCGACAGUUCCUGCUGUCCCCGGCUGAGGUGUGCAACUGGUAUGAGUUCAGUGGCUGUCGCCAAAUAGGUUCUCUGCGACCCUUCAUUCAGAAACGAAUUUAUUUCCGACUUCGCAACAAGGCCACGGGCUUAUUCAUGUCUACCAAUGGGAACCUGGAGGACCUGAAGCUGCUCAGGGUCCAGGUCAUGGAGGAUGUCGGUGCCGAUGAUCAGAUCUGGGUGUAUCAGGAAGGAUGUAUCAAAUGCAGGAUAGCGGAAGACUGCUGCCUGACCAUUGUGGGCAGCCUGGUGACGUCCGGCUCCAAGCUGGGCCUGGCCCUUGACCAAAAUGCCGAGAGUCAGUUCUGGUGCAUGAAAUCCGAUGGCAGGAUCUAUAGCAAGUUAAAGCCAAAUCUGGUUUUGGACAUCAAAGGGGGUGCGCAGUAUGAUCAGAAUCACAUUAUCCUCAACACCAUGAGCAAGGAGAAGCUAACGCAAGUGUGGGAGGCCAUGGUCCUGUGAGCUGCAGCACGAGCCUGGAGGACUUCCUGUCCCCUGCGAGCCGCUGCCAGGGAAGAGCCGGCGGGAAGGCGGCUUCUGCUCCGGGGGUCGCGGAGUGGCUCUGGGGUCGGAUUGCCACAGGAACCAGCUCACCUUGGCAAGGACUGU